AUGACGGCAGACAUCCUCCCCGGCGAUCGAGAUGCUACAUCUUCCAGCCUUCUCGUACCGUCGUGCUGGCGUACGGCACAGACGAAGAGAGUGGCGGCACAUACGUGCGGCGCGGGUGCUAUUGCCGAACCUAUGCUCGAAUGGUACGGGAAGAACGCGUUUGAAUUCGCGGCGCGCUCGUUAUGGGUUGGCAAUUGUGGACUGCGUUUGACUUGUUCUUGGGUUACGCUGCAAACGAACACCGGCGCAAUUGCGUGGCGCUUGCAACUCGGCUCGGCCUUCAUCCCGGCCGUUCCCUCGCUUGCGGUAUCCUGUCUUGCCCGGAGUCACCUCGUUGGCUUAUCAAUCGCCGAGGAGCAGAAGGUCAUCCGUGCCGCCACUUUCUUCGCCCGCGCUAUGGAACUCUUCGCCAACCCUCGCGUCCGUCGCGCCACCGUUGCCUCUGGUGUCGUCAUGCUUGUCCAGCAGAUGUCCGGUAUCAACAUCAUCGCCCUCUACUCGUCUAGUGCAUUCGCGAACGCCGGCUAA